AUGGACAAUAGGUCGGAUGCACUGGGUCAUGUUUUGAACAUGAUCGGUCGAGACUGGACUCAUGCUGGAGUGGCCAAGUUAUACACUGAUAUCGUCAGCAACGGCUAUAACAUCAUGUACCUUACUAGCCGGUCUGUGGGACAAGCUGAUACCACGCGAUCAUACAUCUAUGGUGUCAAUCAGGAUGGGUACAGAUUGCCCAAAGGCCCUGUGAUCAUGAGUCCGGAUCGAACGAUGGCUGCGCUUCGACGAGAAAUCUACCUGAGAAAGCCUGAAGUUUUCAAGAUGGCCUGCUUAAGAGAUAUCCUGGGCCUCUUUAACGGAAAGGAGAAUCCAUUCUAUGCCGGCUUUGGCAACAGACUUACAGAUGCCCUCAGCUACCGGUCCGUGAAUAUACCAUCCACCAGGAUCUUCACCAUCAAUUCGAACGCAGAGGUUCAGCUGGACAUGUUGAGCUUAAACAAGUAUAAGAGCAGCUACGUAUCUAUGCGUGAGCUGGUGGAUCAUUUCUUUCCACCAGUCAGCUUGCUGGUCCAAGCUGGUGGUGAGAAUUACACCGAUUUCACCUUUUGGAGGGACGUACCGCAAGACCUUGAUGACAUUUCAACGACAGAUAGUGAAGAUGAAAGCCAGGCAGACGAGGAUGAUGAUGGAGACGAAGAAUAUGACGGCGAGUUGAGCGACGAGGAAGGUAGUGAGCUCGAAGAUGAUGAAAUUGCCGAGGAAGACCUCGGGGCAAGCUUCAUCUCUCAGGUUACAGAUCCAUACAACGAAGCCGAAACACAGAGCGUGGCUUCAGACGAGGAGGAGGAGGAGGAGGAAGAAGAAGAAGAAGAAGAUGGGGUUGAAGAGCUCGAGGAGCCAGAAGAGGCGCUAGAUCCAAAAGUCUCAAUCCACGACAGGGAUUCCGUUCCGGCUCCUCGCCGGUGA